AUGAGUUCAAAACAUCCCUAUCCGAAAAUUUCUCUUAUCAUGUAUGAAAUUACUCAUGUAAUAUCAACUCUACUCGGUUUAGCGCCGUGCAGCAUACAAAUCUCAACUCUUUCAACCCCAGAAAGUGGAUUUACAUUCUUAUUUUCGUAUUCACGAGUGAAAUGUUUCUACCACAUACUACUGAUCGCCUUGUGUAUCGGAAUAAUCACUCGAGGUGUGCCACGUUUGAAUGAUGUACCAUAUCCAAAUGAUUCGUCAAUUGGAAAGACGAUUGGAUUAGCUCUUGCUAUAAUGGGCAACGUUAUAGCUGCUGUGAUAAUCCUUUAUUAUUUGAUUCUCCAGAGAAAUAUUAUCAGGAUUGGCAAUCAAGUGCAUGAAUUCGAUAAAAUAUACGGUACGAAACUGAAUGCGAGAAGUGUCAAUAUGGGUGGAAUCUCGAAAACAUUCAUCACAAUUACACUUAUGAUCUUCAUUUGGAUUGGGGUGUUAGUAACAGAAUCCAUGCUACCACAAGGAAUAAUCUAUAUCGUUACCUCGGGUUUGAGUGAAGUCUUCGUCAGUUGGUUAUUAUUACAAUACAGCUUAGUGAUUCAUGUUCUUGAAGAUCGAUUUAGAGGGCUCAAUGAUUCUCUUCUUGCUACAGCUGCAUACCCGGUUGUCUUCACAGAGGAUGCACUUUUUCGGAGGAGUGUCUCGAGUAAUAGUUUGAUUGUUGAAAAUCUAAUAGUGAUCAAACACGCACGCAAUUGCGUUCUUAAACUUUCCCGCGAAGUCUCCGGAUUUUAUUCUUUCCCAGUUUUACUUGUCAUUUUUUAUUGCUGCUGUUGCUGUGUCGAUACGACUUAUUUUUAUGUUAUGACCGUGAUGCGACCGGGAAAGGACGGUGAUGAUAAUGACUUAGCUGGCUUCAUAUUUUGCGUCCUCCUGAACUUGUAUCCCAUCAUGAUUUUGAGUACGAGUGUCAACAGAUUUCAUGCGGAGACGGAGCAGACUGCAGAGAUUGUAUAUGACCUGAUGGAGUCCCAUGGAACAAACGAGGAUAUUGAGUUGUUGUUGAAUAAUUUCGCUGUUGAGUUGUUACACAAAAAAGUCUCGUUCAAUGCUUGCGGCCUUUUUACAUUAGACUGUACACUAUUGCAUUCAAUAUUCGCGAUGAUUGCGACUUAUCUAUUGAUUCUUGUGCAAUUUAAACCGUCGGGGUAA